GUCCUGUCAGGGCGCCGGCGUCGUGGUGCUUGGGCGGUCGCCACCUAAAGGACUUCGGUGGGGCAGUCUCGGGGGUAGCUCGUCUCCGGCCUCGCUCCCAGCCUGCUCCUCCCGGCUCGCGGGCCUCACCGUAGGGCGCGCGUGCGGGCCGGUGCCGCGGCCGCCUUGGGGCCUGGGCCCAGCCGCAGAGGGGCCGCGAGAUGCAGCCGCCGGGCCCGUCCCCGGCGUAUUCCCCCACGAACGGGGACUUCACCUUUGUCUCUUCGGCAGACGCGGAAGAUCUCAGUGGCUCAAUAGCAUCCCCAGAUGUCAAAUUAAACCUUGGUGGAGAUUUUAUUAAAGAAUCUACAGCUACUACAUUUCUGAGACAAAGAGGAUAUGGCUGGCUUUUGGAAGUUGAAGAUGAUGAUCCUGAAGAUAACAAGCCACUCUUGGAGGAAUUGGAUAUCGAUCUAAAGGAUAUUUACUACAAAAUCCGGUGUGUUUUGAUGCCAAUGCCAUCACUUGGUUUUAAUAGACAAGUGGUGAGGGACAAUCCUGACUUUUGGGGUCCUCUGGCUGUUGUUCUUUUCUUUUCCAUGAUAUCAUUAUAUGGACAAUUUAGGGUGGUCUCAUGGAUUAUAACCAUUUGGAUAUUUGGUUCCCUAACAAUUUUCUUACUGGCCAGAGUUCUUGGUGGAGAAGUUGCAUAUGGCCAAGUUCUUGGAGUUAUAGGAUAUUCACUACUUCCUCUCAUUGUAAUAGCCCCUAUACUUUUGGUGGUUGGAUCAUUUGAAGUGGUAUCUACACUUAUAAAACUGUUUGGUGUGUUUUGGGCUGCCUACAGUGCUGCUUCAUUGUUAGUGGGUGAAGAAUUCAAGACCAAAAAGCCUCUCCUGAUUUAUCCAAUCUUUUUACUAUACAUUUAUUUUUUGUCCUUAUAUACUGGGGUGUGAUCUAAGUCAUAGAUGAGUAGAAAAAGACAAUGUUACAUUUGUGUGUAGUCUGGGAAUUCUUGCUGAGGUAAUUGAAGGAAACCUGUUGCUGAUAAAAUUUUACAUGUUCUACAUGUAAAGGCAGGUUUGAGGUCUUUUUAAAACCAUAUUUUUUGUAUUUAAUUAAGCAUUUGCAGUUAUCUGGAUUUUUUUUUUUUGGUCAGAAUUCCAAAUUCUGUUUGAUUCUUCAUAUUCCAGUGAAUAAAGUAUAAAAGCAUUGUGUUUUUAAGAUUGUGUCAAUAUUCACCUAAAAACUUGUGCCAAAAGCAUCUGGAACGGUAAUUAUAUUUCAUUCAAAGGGUAAAUAUGGCACCAUCCUGAUAAUCUAAAAGUGCAAUUUUUUUUCUUUAAAGAGUUUUCUCCUGCAUCACAGAUCCUGUAGAUAUAUAUUUAUAUUUAUACAUAUAUAUUUAUGAAAUAAUUCUUAUUAUUCACAAAAUAUAUUUCUGAAUAGCCUAAAAGUUAAGAUAUUUUAAAUCUCAUGCUUAACCAUUCUUUAAUUUGGCCAUUAAUCUUUUUAUUUAUAAAUUCAAAUUUGUUUUUUAAAUUGUAUAUAAUUUAAAAAGUCUCAUAUGUGCUUCAGUAUGUCCUUAUUAAGAAGUCUAACUAAAACUAAUUUUAACAGUUGCUGAUGUAGGUUUGCUUGGGUGUGCUCUUAAAAACCUUUUUUGAAUGCCUAAAUAGCUGAUUUCAGUUUCUGUUUAUCUUUCUGACCAAAGGAACAGAGGUAUAAUGGAUAUGGCAUUAUUAUCAUUGUUAAUAUGUAGAAAAAAUAGUAAUAUUUAUAGCAUCAGUAAAUAUUUUUAAGUGGUACUCCUAAGUCAUAAAAGUUGCUGAAAAGAGACCUUUAAAAUCUUGUCCUGAACAAUGUUAAAUGAAGUAGAAAAAAAUAAAAUGCUUCCCAGCUGUGUGUUUUGUUUUAUA